AUGGUCGCUAUCCAGCGUCUGGGCCCUGUCCUUCUGGCAGCAGGUGGCGCUGCGCGCGCUGUGCGGCCCAUGAUCCAGGACCUGUUCAUACAAAACCACGAACUUCAAACCCUUGGCGAAAAGUUCGUAAAGUCCAAUUAUUUUCUCGGUCAAGAACGCACCAAACUUAUUGAUAGCAAAGGUGACGAUUCCGGAUGGAGAAUGACCAUCGAAUGUCGCGAAAUAUUCGCAUCAACAUGUGAUGCCUUGCCAGGUGCCAGAGAAGCCCCAAAAAGCCAUUGCCCCAAGUACAGAACGAGGGCCUGCAAGGUGCACUCUCCCUGUGCUGCCCGAGACCUGGUGGAUGCCAAGUCGUACCGGGAUUGCAGUAUAGUAAUGGACGACCUGGGUUAUUGCCACACGCAGUGUUCCCAUACGACUCCUUGUUCGAACGAGACACCUUUCGAUCAAGCCUUGCCCCUCCUGGAAGGCGGCUCCUUGGCCACCCUGCACUUCACCGGCCCUACCAACAUGACGAACCAAAACCAGGAGUGCUCUGUGCCUAGAGGAACACAAUGGGCGGAUGCAGUGACGGAGAGCCUCCUAUCGAACUUCAAGUUCUAUGCCCAGCAUGCUGCUGCAACUUACUGCAAUACCAAGGACGGUAUUAACCAUAGAAUAGAGUGCGGCGGUAGUUGUCCUCUUAUCGAGGCUGCCGGUACGGAUAUCCAGUUGUAUUACGUGUUCAGUGGCACCGUAUUUGAUGUGAACGGAUAUGUAUCUGUCGAUCACCAGAGGAAAGAAAUCGUCAUAGCGUUUCGCGGCUCUUGGAGUGCCCGGAAUUGGAUCUGGAACUUUGUUGCCGCCUGGAGCGACUGCCCUUACGCCAGGGAAUGCAAAGUACACACGGGCUUCUAUACUACCUGGAGGGUUGUUAGUGAUGGAGUUACUAGCGUUGUGCAGCAGCUGAUGAAGAAGUUUGACGCGUAUAAAGUUGUCACUACCGGCCACUCUCUUGGCGGUGCCCUCGCAACCAUCGCCGCUGUCGAGCUCCGCUACUUCAACAAGAUAUCGGUAGACGCUUACACCUACGGCGCGCCGCGGAUUGGGAAUUCUAUAUUUGCCAACUUUGCCUCGGCGCAAACUGGGACAAUAUACCGCAUUACUCAUGGCGGCGAUUUUGUGCCCCGAUUGCCCCCUACUGGCACGCACUACGCCCACACAUCCCCAGAGUAUUGGAUCGACAACUCGAAAGGUCCUAUCGCCAAUCCCGGAGUUGCCGACAUCGUAAAGUGCACAGGCACCUUCAACAAUAAUUGCAAUGCAGGUGCCAAACUCGAGCAUUUCGUCCACUAUAAUUACUUCGGCCCUAUCGAUGGAUGCAAGCGUAUCGUCCCUUAUGCUAAAUGA